AUGACACCCAGCGGAGACCAACAUGAAUGGGCGAAGUGCGUGGAAGGCGCCAGCAGCAUGUACACACCAGUUCGGGUCGACCAUGCAUCGAGGGUUGCCGAGUGCUUAGCUGCCAACCACAAGGACGACUGCAUAUGGACCUCCCAUGACGAGUGCGAGGGCAUCCGCCGUGCCGCAUCUCCCAGUGCGAAGGCGGUCUCAUGUGGAGGUGGCCUCAAGCGAAGACGAGCAACGAAAAGGACAGUUGACGACCCCCGACUUUGGAGCGCGGUGGCCUUGACGCCGACUGCCCCUCGCGCGUUUCAAUGCCACAUGGUGAUGUCGUCGUCCUUGCACGAACGAAUGUACAUCGCUUCGCGCACAAGCGAAGAUGGAGCGAUGGAAUGCGUUUGGAACGACAACACAUGCACGUCCAAAGCGUCUUUGGAGGACUGCCGCAUCUGGCUCGUCACCAUUGACGACCACAGCGCUGUGAAAGUCCACGAAGUUCCGAAUGCGUUGCGCUCUUCAUUUGCCAAUGGCGCAGUCCAUCCACAUGCUCGUCGUCGCCGUCUGGAUAUACCCUUGUACCUGUCAGACACAACUUUGAUGCCACGAGUCAACGCGAUGUCAUCGACGCUUCCGCCUACUUCAUUGCCCCCUGAGGUCUACACCAGUGACUCGAUGGUGAUGGCAAUCUCCAUCUCCGUGGCAUGUGUCGUGCUUGUCGCAUGGAUAGGGUUUCUACUCUACCGACGACGCCAACAAACCGUGUACGAGCAUCAUCUCGAGAAUUUCGAGCGCACGUCCAAGGUUUCCUACGCGCACAUGAUGGACACGACGCCCGCCCCGCCGCUCAACCUAUCGUACCUUGAAGUGUACCGCAUCGACUCACAGUAUAUCACCCUCACGAGCAUCCUUGGGUCCGGUGGAUAUGCGGACGUGUACCUUGGCAGCUUUGGCGGCCAGGACGUGGCCGUCAAGACGAUGCUUCAGAACCAUCCUACACGCCGCGAGCUUGCCGCGUUCGCCGACGAAAUUCAAAUCCUCGCCAUGUUGCACUCGCCGUUCGUUGUCGAGUUUGUCGGUGCGAGCUGGGACGACGGUGCUGUGGAAGGCCUGCAAUGUGUGAUGGAGUACAUGGACCGAGGUGACCUGAAGGAAGUGUUGUCGAUGUAUGAGCCCGCGCUGUUCCCGUGGACCGAGAAGCUGCAUUGCAUUCAGAGCAUCGCGGAAGGGCUGGCGUACCUGCACGCGUUCCCGAUCAUUCACAGAGACCUCAAGUCAAGAAACGUGUUGUUGGACUCGGCGAAAGGCACCAAGUUGACUGACUUUGGCGGGUCUCGCGAAGAAACGACGUCGACGAUGACUGCCGGCGUCGGCACGUAUAGAUGGAUGGCGCCAGAAGUGUUGCUGUCGCAUCGAUACACGACUGCCGCCGAUGUCUAUUCCUUUGGUAUGCUGUUGACGGAAUUCGACACGCACGAUAUCCCCUUCGUCCAUUUGAAGGCGAAAGAUUCAGGGAAGCCCCUGCCCGAUGUGACCAUCGUGGGCAUGCUCAUCACGAACGCCGUGGAGAUUUCGUUCUCGACUGCCAUGCCGCAGUGGCUAGCCGCGCUGGGUCGGCAGUGUGUGUCCCGAGACCCCCUGCACCGACCGACGACUGCCGAGAUCACAGACUGCUUGCGUGCGAACAUGCAGUUUUAA